UCGUCAGCGGAAUUCCAAUUUUCAACAUGCGGUUCGUUCGUUCCAGUGCUGCACUCGGACUGCUGCAAAUCUCACCGUUUUCCAUUACCUUUUUCGUCGAAAUCUUAUUCCUGUUGAGAAAAAUGGAGUUACAGAUCUGAAGAGCUUAAGAAACUACUUUUCGUCCAUCAUCGCAAGUCACCUCUUCCUCUCUCUCGACUCGCAAACCCUAUCGCCCUUCACGGCGAUGGUUUUCGGCCAAAUUCUCUCUACCCUACUCUUCGUGUCAGCGAUCGGCUGUGUAUUUGUUGUCCGAGCUGAUCCGGAGAUUUUUGAUCCGACAAAAGUCAUCCAACUCUCUUGGAACCCAAGGGCGUUCUUGUAUAAGGGAUUCCUGUCGGACGAAGAAUGCGAACACCUGAUUGUUCUGGCAAAGGAUAAACUUGAAAAAUCCAUGGUUGCGGAUAAUGAUUCAGGAAAGAGCAUCAAGAGUGAGGUGCGGACGAGCUCCGGUAUGUUUCUUGGAAAAAAUCAGGAUGAAAUAGUUGGACGAAUUGAGAGAAGGAUUGCUGCUUGGACCUUCCUCCCUGAAGAAAACGGUGAGUCGAUUCAGAUACUACACUAUGAAAAUGGUGAGAAAUAUGAACCGCAUUAUGAUUAUUUUCAUGACAAAAGCAACCAAGCUCUCGGGGGCCAUCGAAUCGCCACCGUUCUUAUGUACCUAUCUAACGUCGUCAAGGGCGGGGAAACUAUUUUCCCUAACUCAAAGGAAAAAUUGACUCAAGUGAAGGACGACACCUGGUCCAACUGCGCCAAAAAUGGUUAUGCAGUUAAACCCAUGAAGGGCGACGCCCUACUCUUCUUCAGCCUUCACCUCGACGCGACGACGGAUCCCGAAAGCCUGCACGGAAGCUGCCCGGUCAUCGAGGGUGAGAAGUGGUCUGCAACAAAAUGGAUUCAUGUGAGAUCUUUUGAGAAACCUGAGAGACCAAUAAGCCUCAAUGGAGAAUGUGCUGACCAUAAUGAGCUCUGCUCCAAGUGGGCUGAGCUGGGGGAAUGCAAUAAGAAUCCACUUUAUAUGGUGGGCUCCCAACACUCCCAAGGCUUCUGCCGGAGGAGUUGUAAUGUCUGCUAAUCUUGAAGAUACAAUUAUCUCAUAAUAUAUCCCCUGGUUGAAUCAGUAAAGAGUAUUCUGAGCAGGUUUUUUUCUGAACUGAUUUUGAGUUCCUGCUCAUUGUUGGAGGAGGGCAAUGUUUUGAUUUUGGGAAAUUUUCAUACAUACCACACUACACUAUUCUUAUGUAUUUACAUAUCUAACACUGAUAUUUGCACAUAUGAAAAUGUGUAUUUUACUUUCUAGAAGGUGUUGAUGGUGGUAUAUUUGUUGUGUUGUUGAAGAUUUGAGUUGGGUGCAUGAUAAUAUGAAAGUGUACAUGCUAGACAUGAAAAUACACAAGGAUUGUGCGGUAUUUGUUAAUCCUUGCGACAUUUUUUUA